GGAGAUGGAGGCAGGAGGAUCAGGAGUUCAAGGUCAUCCUCACCUACAAAGACAGUUUCCAUUAAGACCCUUGUCUCAAAAACAGAUGGACGGACAAACAAAGCCAGAGCCCAGUGACUUGCCAAGAUGGCCCUGGCAGUAAAUAGCACAGGCUCUCGGCACACCGGUCGGACCGCCUGCUGAGCUCUGCACGAGCGACUCAGCCUGGCCCGACACGGGUGACCUGCGGUAGCCGGCGCCUCCUCCCAGCCGUGCUCCCGGCAGGUCACACCUUUCCCGCCCGCAGCCCCACGCGCGGCCCGCAGCGAACUACACUUCCCGGCAGGACGCGGCGCGCGCACGCGCACGGGGGGCCUCCGCCAUGGCGACAGUGCUGUCCAGGGCGCUCAAGCUCCCGGGGAAGAAGAGCCCAGACCUCGGGGAGUACGACCCCCUCACCCAGGCUGACAGCGAUGAGAGCGAAGAUGAUCUCGUGCUUAACUUGCAGCAGAAGAACGGAGGGGUCAAGAACGGGAAGAGCGCCCUGGGGGACCCGCCGGAGCCCGACUCAGAUGCAGACGUGGCUGGGGCUGCGAAGCCACACCUUUCAGAGGUCGUCCCAGAGGGUUUCCCCUCGGAACCGCUUGGGGGUCUGGAGCAGAAGGCCACCUCUUCGCUGGUGUCCUACGUGCGCACGUCUGUCUUUCUGCUGACGCUGGUCAUCUCCAUGGUCCUGGUACUCCUCUGCGCCUUCCUCAUCCCCUGUCCUCCCAGAGACCUGCAUAGCACUUGGAGCCGGCGCCUGGGCUCCCAAGGAGGCGGGGACCUGUCUCCCCUGGAGUUGGCUGACGUGAAUAGAGAUGGCCUUCGGGACGUGCUUCUGUCCUUUGUGACAACCAGGAAUGGGACUGAAGGAGGUGGUGGCUCACAACCGACUGCAGAUCUCGUGUGCCUCUCGGGGAUGAAUGGCAGCACCCUGUGGUCCAGUCCCCUCCCAGAGGAGGCUCAAGAUGUCACCUGCUUGGAUCUGAUGCCGGGAAGCAUGGCCAAAACCAUCUGCCUCGUGACAGGGACACGCAAGAUGCUCAGUGCAUUCAAUGCGACGUCAGGGAAAGUCAUGUGGACCCUGAACCCGAACCACCUGUCCAACGGCACCUUGGCCGCCCCGGUUGUGGUUCUGCCUGACCUGGACGGAGACGGUGCCAGAGACCUGGCGGUGCUGGCCAUUGGAGAACUGCAGCCAGAUCUGUGUUUUCUGCUGGUAUCUGGCCGGACAGGGAGUCCCGUGGGCCGGCCUGUGAAGUACAACAUCGUGGGAGUGGGGAACCUGAUUGGUCCGCAGGUUUACAUCACCACCAGUGGGGCUGUCUACAUCUUGUUUGGCUUUGGAAACAUACAAGCUGUGGCCCUGCGGGACAUUUUUGUUCAGGCCCAAAAUCGAGACAGCUCACCACCCUCUCUGCAGAUAGAAGAGCCGGAAUGGGAGAAGCGCAGAUCUGUCAACCUUUCCGAGCUCAUCGAUGUUUACAGUGAUGGGGUUGAGCUUCUCCAGUUGGUGAAGGCCCCAGAUGCCAACUGCAGCAGCCUCUUGAUCACAACCAGACAAGGCCUGGUCCUGCUUCGGGGACAAGAUCUUACGCCGCUCUGGAAAUUGAGCCUGCAAGGCCUGCGCAGCCAGCCCACUCCUGGGUAUUUCACUGAUGACCAGACAUUGGACUUCCUUCUGCAGACACAGGAUGGAGUUGGGAUGAAAAAGAUGAUGGUGGUGGAUGGUGGCUCUGGCUCCAUCGUCUGGAGUCACAGUAUCCCAUGUCACAUGAAGGAAACACCAACCACUUCUGCAAUUACUUCAGACCAGAAGUCUGUGUUCCUCUUCUGGGCAGAAGCGCUGACUGCAGCUUCUCUGAACUCUGUGAGUGAGAGCAGGAUGGAGGGGGUGGGGGUGGGGCUCCCGCCUCCUGGCCUUUACCACCUUUACCUCCUGCAUCCAACCUUCCCGUCUAUCCUCCUGGACCUGACCAACACCACUGGCAUAGUGACAGCUUCGGAGGUUGGAAUCAACGACAUCUGGAAAGAUGCCUUUUAUGUCACUAGGACCACAGGGAUGAGCCCUGAUGGACACCCCACCUCUCUGGUGAUCAGCAAGCUCAGUCUGCGCUGGGCACUCAUGGAAGGCCAGAUGGUCCAGCUAGAGGAGACCACCCCUAAAAUUGGCCGUGGGGAGCUGAGAAGAUUCCUCUCCAGGAUCAAGUUUGUUGAUUCUCCCUACCAGAUCUAGUGCAGUGAAAUCCAGAUUCAGAAGAACCAUGCAGAGCGGCUCCUGUCCCUCCUGUCAGUUCUCUGGAGAGGUGACGACUUCAGGGUCAUGCAGCACUUGAGGAUCACUGCCCUCUGGCAGCCUGCUGGAGCUGUGUGAUGCAGCAUGAUCUGCUUAGCUGGGAUAUCUCACGACCCUCCCAUCCCUGCACUAACCCCUCCUCCUGGGAACUCUGUGUGGAUAGUUUGGAAAUGUGAAUCUUAGUUUUUUUUUUUUUUUUUUUUUUUGUACCUCUAAUUUAUAAACCCUUGCUGGGAAAUCCAAUGGCCUACAAGCAAGGAUAUAUGUUGUUUUGCAUUAGGCCAUGUAUGUGUGUGUGUGUGUGUGUGUGUGUGUGUGUGUGUGUGUGUGUAACAAAAUCAUUUUUGAGAUAUGCCCCAAGCUUCAGGGAUUCCAUUUCUUGUCCUCUUGAAACUCAUCUGAUUUGGUCAUCUUCGUGUGUCUGGAUGGCCUACCUCCGAGGUCCUGAGGGUCCCUCACCACUCUGUUCUCCCUCUGCCGGUGUUAUGGUUCCUUCUCUAGACAGCAGUGAGCAACACUGGAAGUUAGAAUGGGGCUAGUUAUCCAGUGUGUUCAUCCUUCCAUCUCCUAGACCCUCUACCUCGGUUAAGUGGUCAUGAGAAGACGUUCCUAUCACAGGGAGCGAGGAGAGAGUUUCCGUGACUCCUGACCAGGUCCUUACAUGGUGCCCUGUGGACUUUUGAUGACUCUGCAGCGGCGAGCUUUGCUUCUCCAGUCACGAGAGAAGGGUUUGCAUGCGUGUUGUCCUGGGCUUGAAGGCUGGAAGUCCCAUGGCCUCGUCCUGGCCGCAGCUCCACUCUGCUUGCUCCGAGACUUCUCUAGGGCAUCUCCAUCUCCCCUCCCUUGCUUCCUCUGCUAUUCAGGGAUCUGUUUCUGGACUGUUGAUUCUUGGGUCCAGUAUGCAACCACUCUGCCCUGUGUUCUUCCUUCCUCGUAGAGCCUUUGAAGCAUUAUGUUGAGAACAUUCUCAUGUAAAUACUGUAACUUUUAUAAUGAUCAAGUUCUUUCGGAUUAUCUCCAUUCUUCUGCCUUCUGUGUAAAUGUGUGACCGACCUCUUGUAGUUUGGGAUCUUCCAAAUGUCUCUAUCCCUGUCUGAUAUGCCGUGUGUUCCCAUGGUGGCCAGUGAAAAUGUACUUCUCUUUUUGAGUGAAAACCAGGUAUUCUCCUCACUUGGGUUUGUAUCAUUUUAGCUUAUGUUAAUAAAGGGAUCCCAGAAAACUAGAUUCUAGAUUUAAGGGGCCAUCUAUGAAUUGCCCACAGUAGGUAUUAUGGAUAACAGGAGGUUGGUACUCAGUCCUUCCUGCAGAUUGGCCUCACCAGACUUGUUGGUAUCUCUGCCAUAAGACCCUAGAAGCAUAUUUGGGAGUUGUAUGGGACCAGGUUGACUUUGGGAAGAGGGAACAAUGAAUAGGGCUCCCCUAGAAUCCGGAGGUGACUCUAGGGUCAUGUCUAGUAAGUUGAAUUUCUACUAGUAAAAGGGCUGAAUAUAGUGUGUAGCCAUCUCAGAACUAGAUUAUAGUGGACCAAAUUGUCACUGGUAGUGGGUGGUAGCCUGGUGGAGCUCCCAGAUCGAUGUAUUCUCACAGUGUUGAUAUUCUAAGAAGCCUGCCUGUGUAGGAAGGAAUAUGAUACAGAGAUGCAUGCUUGAUGGAGACCUGUCUGGGUUUACUCUUUGGAGCUGAAGGCUGUUUGUGCUGGCUGAGUCUCAGAUAAGAGGAAGCCACAAAGACAGCAUCACUGAAUUCUCCUUGGUAUUUUGGUAAAUAGCAUCCUAACUUCUCCUUACUAGAAGUGCAAAUCUCUUCCUUGCUAAAUGCAAUGGAAACUCUAGGCUUACUUCCUGUUGCAGCUGGUACAGAAAGGUAGCUGAGGUGAGGCUUUCCGCUGGCCGAUGUGAGUGCUGGCCUCCUGCCAAAUGCCUCCCUACCUUUCCUCCUCCUUGCAGCGACUCACCCAGAUAUCCAAGGGAGAAAUUGCUCCACAUGGGGUGGCCCACAAAUCAGCCGGACCACUAACUACUUAGAAGUAAUACCUUCUACAAUGCAAGGGUCUCCCCUCCGCUCAACCUGUCCUUUCCUUCCUUUAUAAGCCCUCUCCUCUGCCCUGCGCAACAUCCUCACCGCUCCCCAAAGAUACGGUGUGGUGAUACCAGCUAACCCCAGGAAUGUGAAUUGCUGUCCACAUUACCUGUGUUGAGGAGGAGCCAGCGGGUCUGUAGCCAGAAAGCACUGUUUAAAAUGUGAACUGUUACAGAACAAAUAAAUGCUGUGUACAGGAUU